GCCGCGGGCAGUGAUGAGGCGGCGGCGGGCAGCGCCUGGCGCCGCGCACCCGGAGUUUGUGCGCUGCCCGUCCUCGUCUCCCUGAUGCUCUGAGCCCGAGUCUCCUCCUCUCCCCGGGCUCGCACCCGGGCUGGAUGCUCCGCUCGCUCCUCGCUUCCCUGCCACAGCCGCCGGCCGCUUCCCGCCGCCCCGCAAGCAAUGGAGCCGUCCGCUGCCCCGCUGGACACCACUCCGGACCCCGCCAUCGUGCAGCCCCCCGGGGCCAACCCGCCGGGAGCCCCCCGGGAGCAGCCGCAGCAGCAGCAGGAGCAGCUGCGGAUCGGGGAGAGCGGGCAGUUCAGCGAGGGGCUGGAGGACAGAGGUUUACUAGAAAGCAGUACAAGGCUAAAACCUCAUGAAGCUCAAAGCUACAGAAAGAAGGCAUUGUGGGUUUCCUGGGUCUCCAUUAUUGUCACACUGGCUCUUGCAGUGGCUGCUUUCACUGUCUCCGUAAUGAGAUACAGUGCAUCAUCCUUUGGAUUUGCUUUUGAUGCCACCCUGGAUGUUUUGUCGUCAGCGAUAGUUUUGUGGCGUUACAGCAACGCAGCCGCCGUGCACUCUGCACACAGGGAGUACAUGGCUUGUGUUAUCUUGGGUGUCAUAUUCCUCCUGUCAUCUAUAUGUAUUGUGAUCAAAGCCAUCCACGAUCUUGCGAAGAGGGUGCUUCCAGAAGUGGAUGAUUUUCUGUAUAGUGUAUCUGUUCUAAGUGGAAUCCUUUGCACCGUUUUGGCAGUAAUCAAAUUUAUGCUGGGAAAGGUCCUUACAAGCAGAGCACUGAUAACUGAUGGUUUCAACUCUCUUGUAGGUGGAAUAAUGGGAUUUUCCAUCCUUCUUAGUGCAGAAGUGUUUAAACACAAUUCUUCUGUCUGGUACCUGGAUGGCAGUAUAGGAGUGUUAAUUGGACUUACAAUAUCUGCCUAUGGAAUCAAGCUGCUCAUCGAUAUGGUGCCCAGGGUGAGGCAAACGCGCCACUACGAGAUGUUCGAGUGAAGGUGCUGCCCUCUCCCUGCAAGGACUGUGAAACCACAGCAUCCUUGGCAAGUGGUGCCAAUGGUAUUUUCCUCAAUAUGCAGUUUGCUUCCCCGUGGUCUGUUUCUGUUGAAGUUUGUUUGAAUGGGAAAUCUCUCUGUAAAUCUGGCAUAUUGUGCACACUGCUUGCGAUUCAGCCAAACAGCAGCGAUAUGGUUUGGUUUUUUUAUUUUCCUUAUUUAUUUCCAGUAUGCUAUUGAUUCCUGUGACAAUAGAAAACAUGCAGUUUUCAGUUUGAACCCAGCUGCCAUGUUGUAUAUUCCAGAGUGAAAGUGUUCUCGAUGGUGUGGUAAGCCUGUGGGUAAAGAAGUGCCAGUUUCAGAUUUGAGUUUUGGAAUUUUUUUCCCCUGGCCUGUAUUUUCCCAAACACAUGCUGUAACAGGAGUACAAUCCUUGCUGACCUCUUCGACUAAGAGUAUCUUACAUAGAGUCUGGACACCAAGAGCUGUGUUGCUUAAAACACUGAAGUAGCUACUUCCACCCUCUUGUUGAAAUAGACACCCAAAAAGAGCAGGUACAGCUCUUUCUGUGAUCAGAGAUACUGCAUUUCAACCCCAAAUUAACUGAAACGAUGCCUCUUCAAUUUAAAGUCUAUUUUUUCUUAAUGAGACACAGUUCAUAGCUUUGCAUGGACCCAAGAAGCACACACAGUAUUACUGUACAGACCAAAGCCAAAAAAUCAUGCAGGGAAGAGGAGCUGCUCAAGGAAUGGGAUUUUCAUCUCCUAUUUUACCAUAUGCAGCUGUACCAGCGUGUGUGACGUUGUGGUUGCUCUGUAGUCUGACAAAGGCACAGCAGUAGCUCAAUCUCGUGGUGAGAUACAGAUCUAUUUAUUAGAUUUAGAUUGUCCUGUAAAGUGUUGCUCACUUUCCACCACACAUCUUAUAUAUUACUUAAUAGCAGGCUAAAUGAUCGAAGAUUCUUGAUGUAUAAUCAAUAAAACUGGUAUCUAUUUUAUACAGUAUCUGUAAGUAACAUUUGAAAACUAUUUCCAGAAUGUAUCAUAGAACAAAGUCUUCCUGUAUAGCAGCCUAUUAAACUGGAUUCUCUGGCUAUAGCCAUUUUCUCCUUAUUUUAUGUAUUCCAGGUCAGUUUGCACAACAGAGAACCAGUAAUGUUUCUUCUAUUCAUCACAGGUGAAUAAAAGAUAGGACAGACUACUGUAGAGUUUGAAAUAAGACUGUGGUAAGUAGGUAAGUAGCUAGAAUGCCCAUUUCUAGUGCAUAACAAUAGACUACAGAUAUGAGAGUAGAUGUACAGUUUGGCUGAUCAGUGAGGGAUAUACAGUGGAGACACAGUGCUGUCAAAACUGUAUUUACCAUCAUCUCUGACUUGCCGAGGUCCUUAAGGAUCUCCAGUAAAAGCCAACUCCCACAGAUUUGUGUUGGAAGAGACCCCCCUGUGGUUUCCCUGACCUGGCAGUACCCAUAUGGAAAGAGAACAUGCCUCAAUACAGGAUUCCUUUUGGUAAAAUGAAAUUUACUCUGCUGCUAUUGCUUGUUUUCCCAUCUUUUGGAUCAAUUAGGUUUGUAUUUGUAUAGUAUUUGUAUGCCAAGUGGUGCUACCAGUGCUGAUUCUGCUUGUGCCUUGCUGUCACAGGAUGAUGUCACUCAGCUGUAAGGUGACAAAGGAGCUGUUUCAGAGGACCAUUCAGCAAGGACUCCAGAAGGACUGCAAAGUGUAGGAGCACUCAUUGUUCUCUGCACAGGUGGAUUUUUAAAUACCAAAUGCCACCCCAAAACCCUGUCUUCCUGCACAAGACCUUAAUGUCUUACACUUUUGCUUUUCCCAUCAUGUUUCUUCUCUCACACCAGUUCCAUGGAGAGAGCUGUGGAGCUGAUACUUCCUCAUUGAUUAACAGUGCUUGUCAGGCAUCCUCAGCCUCAGAAUCACAAAGCCAGGGCCUGAACCAGCAACAUUAGACAUUUCAUGGGUUUCUUAGUUUUCUUGAUACUGCUCACCCCUGAGGGCUUUAUUUCCACUUCAGUCCCAUUUCUAGUUUUGAGAAUGACACUUGAGAACUACAAGAAGUGCUGCUCCCCAGGGCUGUGCAGUCCAGCAGCUUGUUUGUAGCCCAGUGCUGCAGAAAACUGAGGAGAAGGGACAGGGUAGUGGCUGAACUCCUGAACCUUUGCCACACCAAAGUCCUAAACCACUGAAAGUAUGCAGGACACUCAAACCAACACCCAGCUCAAACAUUAAAUAGUUCUGUUAAAAUGCUGAGUGUAAACAGGAGCACAGAUGUGACCAUACACAAAGGAAGGUUAAACACUCAGUUAAUGAAGUUUCACACUUUCUUCUGGAACUCUGGAAUGCUCUGAGGAUGCUUCCAAGUACAUACAUCUGAAAAGGAAAAUGGUUAAACAAGUUAAUCAUACUCUUAUCAGAUUAGUUUAAACCAAUUGCAGAGAGUUUUCAGCUACCACAGAUGCUUCAAAGAAUUGCUAGUAUCAGCAGGUAAAUACAAGAUAAUAACAGAAAUACUUGUGCUACUUGAAAAAGUGCAGGAAAAAAUGAUUCUCAGAAAUGGUGGUAAAGCCAGCAGGCAUCAAGGAGACUCUGUGGGGUACAUGACAAUAGCAGAGAAAAUAACUGCUCAUCCAUCUCCUGUGACACUGCUCGGGCCAGCCACCCUCACAGGGAACAGUUUCUGUAUGAGUUUGCUUUAUUAAAUGUCAGUGCCAGUUAAUUUUUUCCAGCUAUGAGAUGGCAAGUGUACUUCCAGCUAGGCUAAGUGAAGGUGGACUAUUCAAAAGCUGCAACAGCUCAAAAGCACUUGGACUAAUCACCUGAAACUUGGCACUGGCCAACAUAAUAACCUGCCUGGUGAUCACAGCAGCCCUCAGCCCUGCCAAGGGCUCUUUGUUGUGCACAGGACGUGAGGAAGGAGCCCCAGUGCUCACACAAGGAAAGGACUGGCCAGAAUGAGGCUGCAAACUGACACUUAUUAAAGCCUGGCCAAGCUCAGAAUUGCAAGUUAAUCCCUGAAAGUGACUGUGACACUGAGCAGAUGCUUUGAAUCUGGCCAUAUUGUUCAGCAGAGAAGGGAGCUAUCAAAGACUCUGUCAGGAUCACAUGAGCUGCGAUCCUGAACCCCCAGCCAGGGCCCACACACCAGGUAGGCAUGGGAAAUGAUAAUGUUCACUUUUAGCUAAAAGACAGAUUUCUUUGAAUCUUGAUUGUCAUUAAAAAAUCACCAGACUAACAUUUGCUGCUGAUUUAUUCCAUUUUACUUGCUGUAGUAGGCAGACCAUAAAUAAGCAUCAUCCAACCAUGGUGGAGAGAGAGCCUCAAAAGAAGCUCCCUAAUGACGUUCCAGAAAUGGACCUGAAGCAGAGAUCCCAGACAAGAAGCUCCUCAGAUGUGGGCAAGUUCAGCUGUAGGUACCCCUGCAGCUGGGAAUGUACCACAGAGGUGCUCACCACUGCCAACACCACCUGCAUUUCUGCAAUCCCAGCUGCCUGGGAAAAAGUGAAGGUAUUUCUGGCAUCCUUUUUUGUGGGCCAGCUCAGGGAGAUGCUAGGCCACGGGACAAGGAUUAAUAGAAUAGUUUGGGGUGGAAGGGAACUUUAAAGCUCAUCUAGCUGAAGGUUAUCCAGUUCCAUCUAUUAAGCCUUAAUAAUAUGCAAACCAGGAAUGUUUGUUCCCAACCUGACAACACAUUUUUCCUAAGCAGUCAAAGAGCUAAGGAAGCUCCUUGAACAGAGAUUAUCCCUGGAAUUCACAGACUUGUGUAGAUGCUUCUCACAGUGUUUGCACAGAGUUUGCCUGUGCUGGUGUGCUGCCACCGAGAGGAGCUGUGACAGCAGCAUCCCUGCACUUCUGGCUGUGUUUAUCCAGGACCAGGAACUGCCCAGGAGCAGCACACAAAAACACAUUCCUGUGGCCUGGCGUGUGGGGCCAGGUUAUGCAAUGUGAGAGCAUAAUUAAUUCAAGUAACAGAGCAGCCAGGGAUAUUCCCCUCUCCUGUUCCCCCCAGGACUGGGAGCUGCUGUUUUCCUUCCAGCCAUGGGAUCAGUACUGGAGGUAGCACCAAACAGUUCCUGCUUUCUCCCUGUUCAGUGGGAUCAGCUGCCCACUGUGGUGGGCACAGCUCAGCAGGAGCUGCAGGAGGGAAGCUCAGAGCUCAGGGACUAACACUGGCACCAACACUCAGCUGCAGGCAGGCUCAAAGCACACUUUCUUCCAAGUUAGUUGAGCAAGUAACUGGGAAACAUCCCAAUUUGUCAGCUGCCACUGCUGACACCAAGCCCAGCACCCUUCUGAACUCGCCUCUUGCUGACACAGCCUGUAGGGAUUGUUGUCACCCCUCACCUUACCACGGAGCAAGGAGUGCAGGCAGAACCCAAGUCUGCAGCACAGCUUGGGCUGACCACAUCAAUUCCACCCUCCUAUGGAGCUGGGGAGGGAAUGAAAGCCAAGAGAGGUCUCUGGGGAUUUGGCAGCUUCCCUUCCAAGAUCCCUUAGAAUGUAAGCACCAGCUGUUACCUGCUGUACCUGGGUACAUUUUCUUUGGAUUUUUUACUCUUUCAGCAUUUUUGUCCAGCACUGGUUUGCUCUGAUGUGUGUCUCCUCACAAGGAGCUAAAUGCAAUCUCCAUUAUCAAUAAAAUAAAAUAACAAGUCCUGACAAGCAU